UCCUUGUGUUUUUAUGAAGAAGAUUACAUUCACUGUAUCUGGUACUUGGAACGACUUUAUACUAUGGAUACGUUAUAUUGCCCAAAAAUACCCCAAUAUUGAAAGUUUGGACAUCUCUAGCAAACAAAAUUACUUUACCGACCGAAACAUUCUCUUGGAGGAAAUACAAUCAACGAUACGUCUAUUAUUCGACAGUUGUAGGAAUUUAUCAUCGAUACGCUUGGAUAAUGUUUGGUGGAUUGAUACUUUUUUGCUUUGUUACCUGGAUGAAGAGCAACGUCGUUCAAGUUCCAUCGAAAAAGUGGAAAUCAGCAGCUCACCCUAUGGCUUGUCAACGGAACUAUUUGGUCUCCUCUCUCGCUCGAUUAUACCAUUGAUCAAAGUAUUGGAUAUUACUUUAUGCACGCAGAUCAUCAAUAAUCCUGUGUUGCUAUCUUGGGGUCUCCGUUCUGGUUCUAUGCUCACUGAUCUUCGGAUAUCUGUCUCACGAAAUGGUUCCUCUCCAUUAAGUCUACUUAGCAUUCAUUGGAUCCUCGAAUCCUGUCCUUCCUUGUUAUCAAUUACGCUGGAUUCUGGUUUCCUUGAUAUUGUCAAUGAUGCUCUCACUGGAUUGCCACCCUCCACUGUACAAUCUCAUCAUUUGGAACGUCUUGCUGUUAAAAAUUGUACAUUCAACAACGAAGUUUGGUCGUAUAUCGAAAAGAAGUGUCCCAGAUUGAAUUGGCUCUCUAUCGACAAAGGUCUCUUGUAUGAUGGUUCACUAUUUCCGUCCAUCCAACUCAAAUUUCCGAAUCAUGUUUUUAAAUCGAUCAUCAUCAAUCGUGUCCGUUGCCCUCGAAUGCCAGUUGAUGUACGUCCAUCGCCAUCUUUUGGAUCUCCUAUCUACAAUAAGCCAACGUGGGAUGAAGGAUGGCUUCCUAUUGAAUUCAUGACUAUACAACGACGACAACAUCCUACUCUAUCUGCUUGCUCUGACAAUAAUGGGGUGCUUUCUACUCAAAAUGACACGAUACAACAAACAUUUCAAGCUUUGGAUAUGAAGUUCAUUGACCAGAGAUACAACUACAAUGGCAAUUUUACUAUGACACCACAAAACUUAUUCGGAUACUUUGAACGCCUUCUGCAAGCAAAGCGCCUGACUGCUCAAGGGGUCUUGUACUAUCAACGUGAAUGCAAAAUACCGAUUCCAGAUCCAUCAUCUAACAAUUCUACGAUAUCAUCAUCAAGCAGCAAACGAAGGAAAUUUGAUCGACAGAAAGAACAAGUACGACAAAAAUGGGAAGAACAAGAACAACUUGCAAAUGAAUCAACUAGAUUUCAACGGGUACAACGACGGCAACAACAGCAUAUCCCAGCUACUGACCGAGGAGGCCAUAUCUUCGUCGACGUUUAUGGAGUGACUGACUUGAUUAUCAAUGAAAAAUGGAUAAUUUUGCAAGGACAAUAGGCGCUUUGGUUUGGACUUACAAUAUAUGAUAUUAUCUUCGAUGAUUUUUUUUUUUUUUUUUUUUU